AUGGGCCUCCGCAGCUUCCUCUACUUCUUCCUGCAACCCUGGAUCUUCCUCUGUCUCGCAACAUUGCAUCUGCCCCUCACCUGGCUGGCCAUCAUCCGCUCAGGCGACUAUGGCGCCCUCCUCUCCCCCUCCCGCUUCAAGGAGAAGUGGUUCGCCGUCCUGUGGCUUACGGCCGGACCCUUGGUGCGCGCCGAGUCCGAACCCCGCGUCAAGCCCCUCCUAGAAGGCCGCCUCUUGCGCGGCUGCAUUACAAAGUCGGCCGCCUCUACCCCACUGAAGGGCAGCGUCAUGGAAAUAGGCGCAGGGAGCGGAAUGUGGGCCCACCUCUUCACCUCCAAGACUGUCGACGCAGUCUACGCCAUCGAACCCAACAUGCAGCAGCAUCCUGCACUGCUGAAGAGGGCCGAGGAACUGGGUAUCAGGGACAAGUAUCACGUCGUCGGCAAAGGAGUGCAGGAUCUGAAAGAGGGCGAGCAGCCGCAGGUCGACAAUAUCGUGACCAUCUUCUGUUUCUGCUCCAUCCCCGACCCGGCUGAGAACGCCAAGGCGGUGUACAAGUUUCUCAAACCCGGCGGGCGGUGGUAUGUGUACGAGCACGUCGCGGCGCACCCGAAGCAAGGGGAUUUCAUGCGUUCCUACCAAAAGAUGAUUAAUACAAUCUGGCCGCAGUUCUUCAAUGGCUGCAGUCUGUGUCGUGACACUGGCCGCACGAUUGAGCAGGCUGGCGACUGGGCACAUGUCGAUCUCGCCAUGCCCGUUGAUGAGGGGUGGUACGCCGGUAUCCCCCACACGAUUGGGAUCCUGACCAAGCCGGGGACCAUGAACGGGUAG